AUGGAUCCACCAAGGGCUGUUUAUGAUCAACAGAAGAAAAAUGCUGAGUUACUUCGACGUCGAUUAAAAUUUCCAGUUUUACAUGGAUAUAAACUACCACCUAAGGUUGAUUUGCGUCGAUGGAUGACGAAAAUUCAUGAUCAAGGUGAUAUGGGUAGUUGUGUUGCAAAUGCUGUUGCUGGUGCUCUCGAAUAUCUCUAUCGUCGUUAUAGCAGACAAGAUGUUAAUAUAAGUCGUUUAUUUAUUGAUUUUAAUGCUCGUUUAUCUAAUAUCAAUUGGACCACGAAUCAAAAUUUCUUUAUUGAUCCAGAAGAUCCAGGUGAUACAUUCGAUACAAAUAGACAAGCUGCUGUUCGAGGUGUACAACAGUAUGGUUUUUGUUCUGAAUCAUUAUGGCCUUAUGAUAGAAGUUUAUAUAUGCGUGUACCAGCAAAAAAAGCUUACGAAGAUGCUGCACGUCGUUCAAUUAUUCCUCUCAAAGUUCCAAUUAAUAUUACUAGUGUUAAAACUUGUUUAGCUCACGACAUACCAGUACUAGUUGGUAUUUCAAUUAGUACAGAUGAAGCCUAUCAUAAUCGUGGCUGGGUACAAAUACCUGAAGUACCACCUACGGAAGGUUUACAUGCAUGUCUCGUUGUUGGCUAUGAUGAUCGUACUCGACAUUUUAUAAUUCGUAAUUCUUGGGGUGCCGAGUGGGGUGAUAAAGGUUAUUGUUAUUUACCCUAUGAAUAUUUAAUUGACAGACGACUUGUAGCUACUGCUGAUUCUUUUUGGGCAAUUGCCCAAAUUUUACCACGAAAACAAGUGAGAAGAGGAUAUUUUAGUUAUCCGAAUUUUACUAGAUAUCAUCAACAACAUAUGCUACCAGUUACAACUGAAUACUAUACAGAUGGACGUCAAAACUAUCCAUAUCGUCUAAAAAAUCAACUGUUGUCAUGGCUCAAUUUUAUACGAUAG